CAUACAAGUCACGCUGUUGCCAUUGAAUAGCAUGGAAUUAAACCUUCUUCAGUGUAUACUGUAACUGUAUAUGUUUUGUGCGGUGGACAGGACUGCCUUCUUGAUAAGGGUUUAUAUACAUAAGGGUAUAUAUUAUAUAUAUUGUGAGACUAGGAAUGUGAAUUAGUUAUAGAUUAGAGACUACUUUCCAGAUGAAAUAUGGAAGUUGAUGAAGCUGUUGUCGAUUUAAGUAUUGGCCACAGCAGAACCUACCCUACUUGAAACCGCCCGCAGAGCGUAGCAGUACCUAGAUAUGUCCGCCGCGAGUCUUUUGACAUGCGCUCUCCAGUCCAACCUCCUGUCAAUGGUUACUCUCAGAAGAGAUAUGUUAUUGCUGUUUUGAAAAAAUGUAUUAUUAUAUGAGAAGCUCCAACCGCACAACAGGUACUCCAAUUUCUCCCACUCUUACGCAGCGUCAAACAAUUCAAAUUCAAACUCAACAGAGCCAAAUCCAACCGCCGCAACAGCAGCCGAUCAAUCCACAAAAUCCUCCUCGGCGAGUGCUUCGGCCCCGGUCGGAGCACCGGACCUAUGUGGAGAGCCCAGACGCUAUGCUAAACGGUACUGAGAGGCCGAGAAUUAACGGAUCGCUGGAAUAUAGUAGCGAUAGCAGUGACGAAGAAAUGCCACCCCUGGAGCCUGUAAAGGAGUUCAACCUCGCUGAAAUGAAACAGAGGGAGCGCGGUUUGCGAAGACUCCGCGAGGAGCUACGCGCCGAAGAGAUGAAGUUGGUAUUGCUGAAGAAACUGAAACAGUCGCAACAGCUGAAAGAAAGCGCGACGGCUGCAGUUGCCGCAGCUGCGGCGGCAGCUGCCGGUGCCGGCCUGCCGCCCAACAUUCCCGCCAGCGCUCUCCCAGCGGCAGGCUUGCCCAGCGGUCUGAGCAUCACGCCGGCCACGAUAGUCAAGAAACCAUCUGGGAGUAGUCCGCAGGCACAGGUGACUGUACAACCGCCGUCGGCACAUCAGAGGCACCAAGGGAUGGUUCAGGCGGCUGCGGGAAGCAAGGGCGCACUACCGGCCAUCGUUGCAGGUGGAGCUAGUCUAACCAGAGUGACCGUCCCACCUCCAAGGAGUUCCCUAGGAGUUCCGCCUUUGGGCAGUGGCGGCGGCGGCGGUAUGUCUCCGUUGGGCCGGUCAACGGGCCUUUCAGUGCCUCAGCCACCUCAACGAAUGUCGCUGGGAAGGCCACCCAAUGCCAGCCAAGCUUCAAUUUUCCCUCCCUCCGUCAAAGAUCUACCACCGUCAGUCACUAUCACGCCAGCACCUCCACCAGUUCAGCAACAGAAGGAACGACCUAGGGAGGAUAAUCAAACUCCCGCACAAAGGCAAGCAGCUGCAAAAUUGGCUUUAAGGAAGCAAUUGGAGAAGACCUUGCUACAGAUACCUCCUCCGAAACCACCUCCACCAGAAAUGCAUUUCAUUCCAAAUCCAAGCAACACAGAGUUCGUGUAUUUAGUAGGACUGGAGCAUGUAGUCGAUUUUCUGACCAAGGAAGAUAGAGGGCCUCCUAUUCCACCUCAUCCGUUCGCCUGUGGCCAGUGCAGGUCAGACUUCACACCAGUUUGGAAGUGGGAAACUAACAAAAAGAAUAAAGGCAUAAAGUCAGUUAUUUGUGAACAAUGUGUGACAAACAAUGUGAAGAAAGCACUAAAAGCCGAGCACACUAAUAGACUGAAAACGGCGUUUGUGAAGGCGCUGCAGCAAGAACAGGAGAUCGAGCAAAGACUUGCUCAAAAUGGAGUGUUCACAUCCCCGACAAGUCCGUCACCGUCGCCAGACGCGCUGCCGAAGAGUGUGACGCCAACACCCCGUCACUCGGCCGCUCCCACUCCUCCUGCCCCUUCUGCGUCUGCACCUGCACGGCCGCAACAAACAGCGACGCCACCGCAACAGAUGCCAACCACGCGCGAGCUGUCAUCUCAGCAACAACGUCACGGAUCGACAGGCAGUGGCAGCAACAGGUAGAUA